UCAUUUCCGACAGGCUUGUACACUGAGAGGUGUGACGCUUCCCUCCACAGUUCAAGCCUUACUUCUGCUGUUGAGUGUUGACAGUCUUUGAGGACACGGAGCUUCUCCUGUGUCAUGGCACUAAACGAAACGUGUGACGAUUCUUUGACGUUGACAGACCCGUCCCUCAGUGUCGCUAUAUGAGCUUUUCAGCUGCAGGUGUAUGGGAAGUUGACGAAAUGGCAGUUAAGUCCUUGCUCUGAGGGCGCUGCUCACCGAGCUGCUAACGACGGCUAGCAGCGUAGGAGAUGGACGGUCUGUUCGAGAAAACAGAGGCGGAGCGAGAAGAUACAUUGGAACGUUCAGAGCAGAAGACGCUGCUCAAUGCCGCGGUGACGCCUGAAGUCAGGCCGCACACUGCAGACGGCCAUCAACUGUUUGCCAUUAAAAAAGAGGUUCCACCUGAGCACCAGUGGCUGUCCAGUGUGGACCAGGAGAAGCCAGAGCACCCCCACAUUAAAGAGGAAGAGGAGGAAGUGUGGAUCAAACAGGAGGAGGCUGAUAUCAUUGCAGUCACUGUGAAGAGUGAAGAUGAAGAGGAGCCUGAGUCCUCAAAGCAUCAUCAGAGUCACAUUGUGGAGAACAGAGAGGAGUUUGUAGGACCAGAACCAGCCGAAAACUCAGGUUUAGAUGGAUUUUUAGAACCAGAAACUGAGGACAGAGCUGAAGACUCUUCUGAGACUGAAGACAGCGAGGAUGAUUGGAAGGAGACCAGUGAAUCACGAAGCUUAAAGACAGUAAAAAAUAAAACAGUGUCCAGUGAUACGACAGGAAUCACUGAUUGGAAAUUUGGCUGUUCUGAAUGUGGUAAAAGAUUUGCCUAUCAGUCACUUCUGCUGAGACAUCAGAACACUCAUUUUGGAGCGAAACCAUUUAGUUGCUCUGAGUGUGGUAAAAGAUUUACUGAAAAGAGUAGUCUAAGGAAACAUGAGAAAAUUCAUACAGGAGAUAAACAAUUUCAUUGCUCUGAGUGCGGUAAAGGAUUUGUCCAAAAGGGCAAUCUGAUGAAACAUGAGAAAAUUCAUACAGGAGAGAAACCAUAUAGUUGCUCUGAGUGUGGCAAAAGAUUUAUCCAAAAGGGAAAUCUGAGGUCACAUGAAAAAAUGCAUGCAGGAGAGAAACCAUUUAGUUGCUCCGAGUGUGGUAAAAGAUUUGCCCAUAAAUCAUUUCUGCUCAGACAUGUGAACACUCAUUUUGGGGCCAAACCGUUUAGUUGCCCUGAGUGUGGUAAAAGAUUUUCUCAUAAGAGCAGUCUGAAGAAACAUGAGAAAAUUCACUCAGGAGAGAAACCAUUUAGUUGCACCGAGUGUGGCAAAAAAUUCAUUGAAAAGAGCAAUCUGAGAAAACAUGAAAAAGUUCAUACAGGAGAGAAACCAUUUAGUUGCUCCAAGUGCGAUAAAAGAUUUAGCCAUGAGUGCUACUUGAGGUCACAUGAAAAUAAUCAUUCAGGAGAGAAACGGUUUUGUUGUUCUGAGUGUGGUAAGAAAUUUUUCCAAAUGAAGCAUUUGCGGUUACAUGAGAAAAUUCAUAAAGGAGGGAAACCAUUUAGUUGCCCUGAGUGUGAUAAAAAAUUCACUCAGAAGAGCAGUCUGAGGUCCCAUGAGAAAAUUCACACUGGGGAAAAACCAUUUAGUUGCUCCGAGUGUGACAAAUGUUUUAUAGAAAAUAGAAAACUAAGGAAACAUUAUGAGAGAAUUCAUACCGCAGAUAAACAGUUUCUUGGCUCCGAGUGUGGGAAAAUAAUCAAAAAGAGCAAGUCGACAAAAGAUGAGAAAAAUCAUGUAGGAGAGAAACCAUUUAGUUGCAGUGAGUGUGGUAAAAGAUUUAAGGAAAGAAGCAAUCUGAGGAAACAUGAAAAAAUUCAUACAGGAGAGAAACCAUUUAGUUGCACAGUUUGUGGUAGAGGAUUUCUCAAAAAAAGUAAUCUGAUGUCACAUGAAAAAAUUCAUACAAGAGAGAAACCAUUUAGUUGCUCAGUUUGUGGUAAAAGGUUUACUGAGAAGAAAACUCUCACAAUACACAUGUCAAUCCACACUGGGGAAAAACUCUUCAGCUGCAGAGUGUGUAAUAAACGCUUUACAUGGCAUUGUCAGCUCAAAAAACAUAAAUGUGCAGGCGAUACCUCAGAACUUGAUCAGAGUCAGAUUGAGAGGACCGGACAGGACCAGGACCAGUCGGGAUCUCAGGAUCAAAUUCCUCUUUUCCACCAAAGUGAACCUGGUGCUAAUGCUGGAGUGGUGCUCGUGGUUUUUCAGAAUUGGUUCAAUGUCGGAACCGUUUAAUAACACGUCAUGUUGUCAUGGCAUACAUCAGUGUUCUCCAAACUCCUUUCUUGGGCCCAACUUUUUAUAAAGAAUUGUGUCCACACCAUCUGCAUGAUACCAGCUGUCAAUCACAAUGGUGUCCACUCAUGUGUGCCAUGCCUAAAUGGAAGCAUAUAGUAAUUUAUACAACUGACAACAGGUACUAUUAAAGAGUUCAGCCUAUUAACUCCUCAGGAAUGUGUUUACUAAAUCAAGAGAAAUGUAGACACUCAUAUUCUUCUAUUCAAACUUAGUUCUAUUUGUAACCAGCACAAUUGCACAAUUGACAUUUUUGUAUUAGGCACUUUUUCUGAUAAGUGUAUGUAAAUAACUUAAUUUUCUCCUUGUGUUUUUGAGUAAAUCUUUCGUGGGUACCAACCCCAACAUGGGGAAUGACUGUGAACUCCAUUUGAAUGGAGGUCUUAUGGGAAAAUUACUAUUCUCAUUUGAAUUAGAGCGUCAGUAAACAUUUUUCUGAGGAGUUCAUUGCUAUUUACAUUACUUCAAUAACACAUGAUGUCAAUUUUGUAAAUUUGGAUUUAUUUAUUUUUUUGAAAAUGACUUGAAUACUCUGUUAAUGCCAAAUACCAGCACAAUGUCAACAGUGGCAGUGUUACACAGAUAAAUGUGUGUGGUGACUCCAUCAUACAAAGCAGGUAGGGACAUGGCUGGAAAGCAGCAGUGGCUUGGGAGAGUGUAACCCGGUUCCAAAUGAGCGAUUAGAAAUGUAGUUGAGUCCGAGUCGAGUCACUAGUCACCAGGUCAAGUCCUCAGUGUUGCUAGUUAAAAAAUGUUGACUCUUGAUAAUACAUGUAGCCCCUUACUUACAGUGACCCUGUGACAGAUUUGCUUCUUCAGUUGUUCGGGAACAGGUUGGUUGUUGGGUCGUGUUACUGGUGACUCCUGACGCUGUCAGAUUUGUUGCACUGACUGCUAUGAUUCUUAAAUUCAUGUUAAAUUCUGCUCGACAUGAUAGUCAGUUCUGGAACUGGUUCUGUCACAUUGGCUGGACUUUUUAUUUUAUAUAUGUGGAUAUUAACCCUCAAUAUUACUGCUCAUGUCUACUCAGUUUGUGCUGAACAGAACGCAGAUGCAUUAUUUGUUUAAAACACCUUAAAUAUUUGAAAUUACACCACUACAAAAAUCCUAUAACGACAGAAAAGCCGUUCUUACCAAUGAAUAUGUCUGAGUCCUUUGGCUAACAUUGGCUGGCAAAGCAUGGUUCUCUUCAUCAAAGCAUAUACACUUUCAAAUGCUAUUAUUUUUGCUUUUUUGAUGUGGUUUUUAAAUGCCUGUUUUGUUAAAAACAGAAUCUGUUUCUUGUUUUUAGCCUCAAUGAUAACUACUACUGCAGCUUCAGCUCCUUAAUUUCCCUACAUUGUGGUUUUGCUGCAAUAACAACGUUUUAGGCUCAUAAAAACAACCAGACCUGUGAGGCGUUAGGCUAUGUUCACUCAGCUCUCUUUAGCUCUCAUGCAGUUCUUUUUACUUUGCUGUGGGAUAACCCAACUACUUAAACGAAUAACCAAUCUGUAGAGUGCAGUCAUGUUAUUACACUUACCUGAUUUAUUGGAUGAAUUUCACAAUAACUAAAAAAUAACAUUUUGCCUAAAUAUUACGAUCAUUUAUCUGACCCAAUAUUAUCGUGCAUCUCCAUUUAGAGAUAGAUCUAGUUCAGGUUUCGUAGUCAAACUAUGGAACGAAUGAACUGAUAGGAUCUGUACAUCUCUGUUGAAUAUUAAAAAAAGCUUUAAAAUGUAAAAUAUUGAAGGAAUCAUUUUGUUCUUUUAUUUAUCUUUCAUACCGCUGAUGUCUCAUGGACUAUUUAGGAGAGGCACAAAUUAGCUUUUGCCUUCAGCCUGUUCCCGUUAUUGGUUUGUGAUUGUACUGGAGUGUGUAGUGUGAAAUGGAUCUGUGUAAAAGUUUUUAGUCAUUUUUAAUGCUUUGCCCUUAUUAGUGUUUAACAUAAAAUAAACAUUUUCCAUUGUG